AUGGCCUCUCCAAAUGAAAUCGCAGAGCCAAUAGCUCAAGGUUUUUUUGCUACAGCCCGUCAAGCCUUCAAAGACCUCUUCAUUUGGAAACAGCGUGUGGAAGUCAUUAACGAGCAUGGAGAGUCCCAUGCCGAGUGGCAGGAUCCCGAGCCGAUCAAAAACCCCAUCAGCUUGAUGAUGCAGCUCUCAGCUCGGGACUGGCUCUUCUUCAUCGUGGGACUGACAGCAUGGACUGCUGAUGCCUUUGAUUUCCAUGCCCUCUCAAUCCAGACCCUCAAGCUGGCCAAGUACUAUGAUCGAACAAAGACUGAUAUUUCCACUGCCAUCACUUUGACCCUGCUCUUGCGAAGUGUGGGUGCUGCGUUCUUUGGACUGGCUGGUGACAAAUAUGGCCGCAAGUGGCCUAUGGUGAUUAACAUGAUCAUCCUGGGAGUUCUUCAAAUUGCCACCAUCUACAGCUCAACCUUCCAGCAGUUCCUGGCUGUGCGCAGUCUUUUUGGGCUCUUCAUGGGUGGUGUGUAUGGUAACGCUAUUGCAAUGGCACUGGAACAUUGCCCGGUGAAUGCAAGAGGACUCAUGUCUGGAAUCCUCCAGCAAGGGUACUCACUCGGGUACGUACUUGCUGCAUGUGCCAACCUUGGGGUUGGAGGAGGCACAGAGAGCUGGAAGACAGUGUUUUGGGCUGCUGCCGGUAUCUCCAUUGGAGUUGGCCUCAUCCGCAUGCUGUUCCCCGAGUCGAAGCAGUUCCUCGAAGCCAAAAAAGCAGGAAAGCGAACAAUGACCGCAGGCGAGUUCUGGCGCGAGACAAGAGGGAUGUUAGCAAAGGAAUGGCGCAUGUGUGUCUACUGUGUCAUCCUGAUGACCUGGUUCAACUAUUACUCCCACACAUCCCAAGACUCUUACACCACUUUUAUGCUUACCCAAAAGGAGCUCGAUAACUCGGGCGCAUCAAGAGCAUCCAUCUUGAUGAAGACCGGUGCCUGUGUGGGUGGAACCAUAAUCGGGUACUUGUCUCAGUUCUUUGGCCGACGCCGUGCCAUUAUCGUUGCCGCACUGCUCUCUGGGGUCUUGAUUCCGGCGUGGAUCCUCCCACACGGGGAGCGCGCCUUGAGUGCUACUGGAUUCUUCAUCCAGUUCUUCAUCCAGGGUGCCUGGGGAGUGAUUCCGAUCCACCUUAACGAGCUGUCGCCCCCAGCAUUCCGAUCGUCAUUCCCGGGACUAACAUACCAGCUUGGCAACAUGAUUUCGUCGCCGUCUGCUCAGAUUGUGAAUGCAGUCGCCGAGUCAACCUGGGUGACAUCAAGCUCGGGCCACCGGGUGUCGGCCUAUGGGCCUGUCAUGGGAGUUGCAACUGCUAUUAUUGCAACCGGGAUUAUCGUGACGACUGCGAUCGGCCCCGAGAAGCGUGGCCGUCGCUUCGAAAGUGUCAUGGCCGGGGUGGAUCAGCACAACCAGGACAAGGUUGCCGACUUGGAGGCUACUGGUGAUGAUAACAAGGCGAGGGAUGAGAUGGUUGAAAUGGCAGACCGCAAGGCUUGA